AUGCUGCCCAGAGCAGUUCGGUCUCCAUGCUGGCGCCCAGCUCGUCAUUUACCUCCGAAUUACGCCGGUCGGUCGCCAUGGAUCAGGCUCAACGGCUCCCAGCUGCGCGUAUUUACAUCUGGCUCUCUCCUUCGUAACCAAUUGUCGAAAGAUUCGACGUCAAAGAAGAGUGCAACCCCCGCAACCCCGCCGCAAUCGCAGCUCGAAGCGGCCAAUAUUGCUCCAAAGCCGGAUAGCCAGGCCCCUCCACCCAAAAAGAAUGAAUUACUGAAUGAAUCAGCAGUGACAAAGAAGGAGCAGCGGAAGGCUGACUGGGCCAUUAUGCGGGAAAUGGCCAAGUACCUGUGGCCCAAGGAUGAUUGGGGAACCAAGAUUCGAGUUGGGACAGCUUUGUCGCUGUUGGUUGGCGGAAAAAUCCUCAAUGUAGAAGUGCCUUUUUACUUCAAGAGCAUUGUCGAUUCCAUGAACGUGGACUUUGCAACCCUGGGUGGUACUGCCUAUACAGUGGCGGGUUCCAUGAUUAUAGCCUAUGGAGUUACGCGGAUAAGUGCGACUCUGUUUCAAGAGCUUCGCAAUGCGGUCUUUGCCAGUGUUGCGCAAAAAGCCAUCCGAAAAGUGGCAGCCAAUGUAUUCGAUCAUCUUCUACGACUAGAUCUCAAUUUCCAUCUCUCGCGCCAAACUGGUGGUCUCACCCGAGCCAUUGAUCGGGGAACCAAAGGUAUCAGCUUCUUGCUGACCUCCAUGGUGUUUCAUGUCGUACCAACCGCUCUUGAAAUCUCACUUGUGUGCGGCAUCCUUACAUAUCAAUAUGGCCUCCAAUUCGCUGCGAUCACGGCCACGACCAUGGUCGCGUACACAGCUUUUACGAUUAGUACGACGGCCUGGCGAACCAAGUUCCGACGACAGGCUAAUGCGGCCGAUAAUCGUGGGGCUACUGUGGCCGUCGACUCACUAAUUAACUACGAGGCAGUCAAGUACUUCAACAACGAGAAGUUCGAAGUGGCUCGAUAUGACAAGGCUCUGAAGAAUUACGAAGAUGCAUCCAUCAAGGUGACUACGUCCUUAGCCCUUUUGAACUCAGGCCAGAAUAUGAUCUUCUCUUCGGCGCUGGCGGCCAUGAUGUACUUGGCUGCAGACGGGGUGGCCACGGGAACACUGACUGUGGGUGAUUUGGUCAUGGUCAACCAGCUGGUCUUUCAACUGUCGGUGCCCCUCAACUUCCUGGGAUCUGUAUACCGUGAACUGCGCCAAUCCUUGCUGGACAUGGAGACGCUGUUUAACCUGCAAAAGGUUAAUGUGACUAUCAAGGAGAGCCCCAACGCCAAACCAUUAGAGCUGAAGCGGGGCGGCGAGAUCCGCUUUGAAAACGUGACAUUUGGAUAUCAUCCGGACCGUCCGAUUCUAAAGAAUACCACCUUCACCAUCCCCGCUGGAUCGAAGUUUGCGAUUGUGGGACCCAGCGGUUGCGGCAAGUCUACGAUUCUUCGCUUGUUGUUCCGCUUCUACGACACACAGUCUGGUAGAAUCUUGAUCGAUGGGCAAGAUAUUCGCGAAAUCACGCUCGAGAGCCUCCGCAAGGCGAUUGGCGUGGUGCCACAAGAUACCCCGCUCUUUAAUGACACUAUUGCCCACAACAUCCGAUAUGGAAGAAUUGAUGCAACCGAUGAAGAGGUUCGACAGGCUGCAAAGAGGGCUCAUAUUGACCAGCUAAUUGAGCGACUUCCCGAUGGCUACCAAACGGCGGUCGGAGAGCGUGGGAUGAUGAUCUCAGGGGGUGAAAAGCAGCGAUUGGCAAUAUCUCGACUGAUACUGAAGGACCCACAACUCUUGUUCUUCGACGAAGCGACAUCGGCACUUGACACCCAUACCGAACAGAUGUUACUACAGAACAUCAACAGCAUUCUCAAAGAGAAGAGCCGCACAAGUGUCUUUGUGGCGCACAGACUGCGCACGAUCUAUGACAGUGAGCAGAUCUUAGUGUUGAAAGAUGGACAAGUUGUGGAGAUGGGCCCACAUCGAGAGUUGUUGGCACAGAAUGGCGUUUAUGCCGAACUAUGGAACGGUAAGUCCCAGGAAACGUUUGCCGACGAAUUAGAUAUCGAAAUAGAGGGGAAGGAAGGGAAAUAG